ACUGACACUACAACUACUGAAACUACAACAGUUCAGCCAACUCCAACAUCAACUGACACUACAACUACUGAAACUACAACAGUUCAGCCAACUCAAACAUCAACUGACACUACAACUACUGAAACUACAACAGCUCAGCCAACUCCAACAUCAACUGACACUACAACUACUGAAACCACAACAGUUCAGCCAACUCCAACAUCAACUGACACUACAACUACUGAAACUACAACAGCUCAGCCAACUCCAACAUCAACUGACACUACAACUACUGAAACCACAACAGUUCAGCCAACUCCAACAUCAACUGACACUACAACUACUGAAACUACAACAGUUCAGCCAACUCAAACAUCAACUGACACUACAACUACUGAAACUACAACAGCUCAGCCAACUCCAACAUCAACUGACACUACAACUACUGAAACCACAACAGUUCAGCCAACUCCAACAUCAACUGACACUACAACUACUGAAACUACAACAGUUCAGACAACUCCAACAUCAACUGACACUACAACUACUGAAACUACAACAGCUCAGCCAACUCCAACAUCAACUGACACUACAACUACUGAAACUACAACAGUUCAGCCAACUCCAACAUCAACUGACACUACAACUACUGAAACUACAACAGUUCAGCCAACUCCAACAUCAACUGACACUACAACUACUGAAACUACAACAGUUCAGCCAACUCAAACAUCAACUGACACUACAACUACUGAAACUACAACAGUUCAGACAACUCCAACAUCAACUGACACUACAACUACUGAAACUACAACAGUUCAGACAACUCCAACAUCAACUGACACUACAACUACUGAAACUACAACAGUUCAGACAACUCCAACAUCAACUGACACUACUACUACUGAAACUACAACAGUUCAGACAACUCCAACAUCAACUGACACUACAACUACUGAAACUACAAUAGUUCAGACAACUCCAACAUCAACUGACACUACAACUACUGAAACUACAACAGUUCAGCCAACUCCAACAUCAACUGACACUACAACUACUGAAACUACAACAGCUCAGCCAACUCUAACAUCAACUGACACUACAACUACUGAAACCACAACAGUUCAGACAACUCCAACAUCAACUGACACUACAACUACUGAAACUACAACAGUUCAGACAACUCCAACAUCAACUGACACUACAACUACUGAAACUACAACAGCUCAGCCAACUUCAACAUCAACUGACACUACAACUACUGAAACUACAACAGUUCAGACAACUCCAACAUCAACUGACACUACAACUACUGAAACUACAACAGUUCAGACAACUCCAACAUCAACUGACACUACAACUACUGAAACUAAAACAGUUCAGCCAACUUCAACAUCAACUGACACUACAACUACUGAAACUACAACAGUUCAGACAACUCCAACAUCAACUGACACUACAACUACUGAAACCACAACAGCUCAGCCAACUCCAACAUCAACUGACACUACAACUACUGAAACUACAACAGUUCAGCCAACUUCAACAUCAACUGACACUACAACUACUGAAACUACAACAGUUCAGCCAACUCAAACAUCAACUGACACUACAACUACUGAAACUACAACAGCUCAGCCAACUCCAACAUCAACUGACACUACAACUACUGAAACCACAACAGUUCAGCCAACUCCAACAUCAACUGACACUACAACUACUGAAACCACAACAGCUCAGCCAACUCCAACAUCAACUGACACUACAACUACUGAAACUACAACAGUUCAGCCAACUCCAACAUCAACUGACACUACAACUACUGAAACU